AUGACAUCGCGAACUAAGCGGAUUUUUGCCUUGAUCAUUGGCAUCGAUGAGUAUUUGGACCCAAAGAUCAGGAGACUCAGAGGCGCCGUUGCGGAUGCUGACAGCUUUGCCGAGUAUUUAACCACCCGCCUCGACGUCCCCACUGAACGUAUCAGAAACCUGCGUAAUGGACAGGCAACCCGCAACGCGAUAAAGCACGAGCUUAUUAGCCUGAAGAUUAACGACAAAAUCAAAAAGGAUGAUCCCAUCCUGAUUUUCUUUGCGGGGCAUGGUAACGAUGCUCCAGCCCCUCCGGAGUGGAGCAAUUGGGGCUCGAAUGUACAGAGCCUUACACCUCACGAUUAUGGGCAGCGCGACUACGAAGGAGGGAUCGUUCAGGGACUUCCUGAUCGCACCCUUGGUACUAUCCUGAAGGAACUGGCCAACGCCAAAGGGAACAACAUCACGGUCAUUCUGGACUGCUGCCACUCCGGAUCGGGGACGCGCAGCAUAGACCCUUCCGUCCGAUGCGCUCCCACCGCUGCACAUCUUAUUCCUGCCGAUCUGGAUAGCGACGUUAUCCCCAUAACAAGGGGCGUCACCGAGCUACCCAAGUUCCGCCACCAAGGACUGCAAUCCCACGUCCUCCUUGCCGCUUGUCUGCCAGAAGAGCUGGCACAUGAACUCCAAACGCAGGGGAGAGGCGCCUUCACCUAUGCUCUACUCAAUGCCCUGUACCUCUUGGACAGCGUUGACACGACGUAUGCGGAUCUGAUGCGCCGUCUAACUCACCUCCCGCGGCAGAAUCCACAAUGUGAAGGCAACAGCAAUCGCAUGCUCUUCAGCAAUAUUGUCAGGAGCAUGAAGGGGUGCUACAUUGCCAAACUGGAGAAGGACAAACUCGUAAUCGAAGCCGGGAUAAUAAACGGGGUCACGUCGGCCACCGUUUUCGAUCUGUGGCUGAAGAUUGAUGACGUGUUUGGGACGCCUUUGACGACGCUGCCAGAGAAAGGACUGUGUAAGCCCUUCCCGCUCAGGACCGAAGUGAAGUCGCCCAGUUUGAAGCACCACAACGUCCCUGGCACCAACUUUAUCGUCAAACCGCGGAACACGGAAAAGCCGACGCUGGCGGUCCACGUUGAGGAUAACGCCAAACUGAUAUUCCGUUCCCUCUGCGAACACCCAAAUGCGCUGGCGACCUUUGUGCUCGAGGAGAAGCCGAAAGGGCUGGCUGAUGUCGGACUUUCUGCUCACAGAGAGUCGAUCUCGUUCCAUCUACUUGCCUCAGAGGAGAGUCGGUUCCACUGUCCUCCCAGGCAGAUUGGAAUUGAGAACGUUUGGGAUUAUCUCUCCCAUGCCGCGUUCUACUACCAACGUCUCCGCCAGGUCAACGGGGCAACCCAAAAGAUCCUCCCAGGCAGCAAGCCCGCCAACCCGCCAAAGACAUUCAUUUCGAUGUUUGAUAUCAGGGUUUAUCAGCUCGAAGAAGAUAGCUACGGGAAUUAUCAUCCGCGUGGCGAUCCCCUAAACACUCGUGAGGGGGUACAUUUGAUGCUCGAGGAUGGUCAAGGCGAUGGCGAAGAGGUUUAUGGGUUUGAGAUCGUCAAUAACAGCUCGUUUGACGUUUACCCUUACCUCUUUUACUUUAACAGUUACGAGCUGUCCAUCCAAUCGCUAUACGAGCCUGUCGUUCUCGCGCAACGUCCUACCCCUCCCCUUAAGAAGGGCCAAGCCCUGACAAUUGGAUGGGGGCCAGGUGGGGUGGAACCACCGGGCUUCUCUGUGGGGGACGACGACACGGAUGUGGAAAACGGGUUUUUGAAACUGUAUAUCACUCAGAAACCCGUUGAACUCGGGUUCUUGGCACAGGGUUCAAUUGGGGAGGCACAUAGAGGCAUGAAAACACUUUCCAGGGAGCCCAUGGGGCAGCUUUGGGGGAGUGUGAAGAUACCUUUCGUUUUGCAGCGCAAGAGGAAUGCGGCGUCAGAGGAGGCGCCUUUCUUGUGUCUUUUGGGGACCAAGAAUGCGAAGAUCUCGGCGAGUUUCAUGAAAACUAUCUCCCCGCUUUACAGAGCCAAGUCAACGACCUCGGUUGGACCGUCGAUUGAGCAUCAUGAUUUUACCCUCGAAGAUGGGUCGCGUCUUACCCUGAUCGACCUUCCCGCUCUCGACACCAGGGAUCUGCACAAGAGUGGAAAGGUGUGCCACGAUAUUUUGGACUAUUUCCGAGAACACGGUACCUAUUCCGUGCACUCCUUCAUCUUCGCGUACGAUAUAUCCAAGCCAUGGACCCGAGUGCAAUUUCUGGACACACUCAACCUCGAGCUGGUGCGAGAUAUAUGUGGCGAUCAGUCCUUCCCAGCCAUCACCCUUGUCACCACCAACUGGGACCUCAGUCACUCACAAUCCCACUCGGCAGCCGAGACGAGGGAGGAGUACCUUCGAGAAUCAGAAAGGUUGUUCAAGCCUUUCCUUGGCGGGGGAGCGCAGCUCGUGCGGUCGACGGAUGUGACCUCUUUGACUGAUCUUGUGCAAGGGCGACAGUCGGGACUGUUGGGGGUACAGGAUGAAGUCCAGAGGGGGAUCCAGGGCACAUCGGUUUUCAGGACGUUGAAGAGGAGGGUGGAAAACGAGCUUAAGGAGCUGAAGGGUGAGUUGGACGCUGUGCACGAGGAGAUGAAUGCGGAAGGCGGCGGGGGUGUUUGGAGUCACAGGCAGGAAUCGGAGAAUAUACAGAAAUUGAGACGUGAGAAGGAGAGGAUUGAGAGUGAGAUGAAAAGAUUGAGGGAGAUGAUGGAGGGCUUUGAAGAUGACCCCGCGCAUGGUGUUCUUAACUGA